UUUUUAUUUUUUUAAUACUAACUGCGCCGCAGCUCUUUGCUGCGGGGUGGCAACUCUGCAAGAAGCGCAUCGAACAGCUGAUUGAUGGUGUUUUACUUUAACUUGCAGCAAAAUUAAGUUUUAUGCACUGAUUAGAAAACAUACUCAACGGCCAAAUCAUGAGUGAGGCGGAAAAGCAGCCGGUAUCGUUCGCCUGCCAGCGCUGCCUGCAGCCCAUUGUGCUGGACGAGCAUCUGGAGAAGAUUAGCGUACAUGCUAUGGCUGAACUUUCAUUGCCCAUCUAUGGUGGCAAUGUGAACACUAUCGAUCCGCAGGAUGCCAACAGCUUUGACCACUUUGUGCCGCCUUUCAGGCUGACUGACUCCAUCAAUGGCACGGGAUUCACACUGGUAUCGGACGGGCGUGAUAGCAAGAAACUGAGCUCUGCAUUCAAGCUGAAAGCAGAGCUCUUCGAUUGUUUGUCCUCGAACUCGGAGAUAGAUCAUCCGCUGUGCGAGGAGUGCGCCGAUUCCAUGCUGGAGAUCAUGGACCGAGAGCUGCGCAUAGCUGAAGAAGAGUGGCAUAUUUACAAAACUUAUCUCAACGAACUGGAACAGCAGCAGGAAGGGCCAAAUGUGGAGGCCCUAGAUAAGGAACUGGAGGAACUCAAGCAAAGCGAGCAGCAACUACUGACCGCACUGGCGAACCUAAAGGCCGAGGAAAAAAACUUAAAUGAUGCCAUAAAGCAAGAAGAAGUGGAGAAGGAAAAGCUGCAUGAGCAGGAGGAGAGCUACUGGCGCGAGUACACAAAGCAUCGUCGCGAGCUGAUGCUAACGGAAGACGACAAACGCAGCCUGGAAUGCCAGAUAGCCUACUCAAAGCAACAGCUGGAUAAGCUGCGGGACACCAACAUAUUUAACAUAACAUUUCAUAUCUGGCAUGCCGGACACUUUGGUACAAUCAACAAUUUUCGACUGGGACGCCUGCCGUCUGUCUCCGUCGACUGGUCAGAGAUCAACGCCGCCUGGGGACAGACGGUGCUGCUUCUUUCAGCAUUGUCGCGGAAAAUUGGCUUGACGUUUGAGCGCUACCGCGUUGUUCCGUUCGGAAAUCAUUCCUAUGUCGAGGUGCUAGGCGACAAUCGCGAGCUGCCGCUCUAUGGCAGCGGUGGCUUUAAAUUCUUUUGGGACACAAAAUUUGAUGCGGCCAUGGUGGCAUUUCUGGACUGCUUGACGCAGUUUCAAAUGGAGGUGGAGAAGCGCGACACCGAAUUCCUAUUGCCGUAUAAAAUGGAGAAGGGCAAAAUAAUUGAUCCUUCCACAAACAAUUCCUACUCCAUCAAAAUACAAUUCAAUUCCGAAGAACAAUGGACGAAAGCUUUAAAGUUCAUGCUAACGAAUCUGAAAUGGGGUCUGGCCUGGGUCUCAUCCCAGUUCGUCACGCAAUAAAAUUGUGGAUUUUGUCAUUAUUUUAAUUAUAUUAUACAAAUUACUGCUUAGAAUUACAAAUAAAU